AUGGACCAACCCAACUCAGACGCAAGCGCACUCGGGGCGGACCUUGAGGGGGCCGAAGGCUCGGAUAACCGUGCUCACAAGGCCCCAGCCCACCAACUAUCGCGGGACUCCACCGCCGCCUCGUCUCGUGGAGUUAGCCAAGGCCGCUCGGCCCCGCGGACGCUGACCCCGCUCGGCACGGGAAGCAGCGAGUACGGUGACGGGACAACUACACCUUCGAGGGUCGAAGAGGAGCCGGCGCUGAUGGAAGACGCCGCUUUCGCCACUAGCUUUGCCGAACAGGCUGUCGAUACGACAAACGCGCUGCAGGCGCUACCCGAGGUGAAAUCGAGCCUCAACGCCCUGCGCCGCGCCUUGGAGGUCCACGGUGACGAGCCCGACCCGAGCCCUCCGGCGGGCGCUGACUGCCGACCCGCCUUCUGCAAGCCGGACUUGCCGCCGAUACAGCUUGCCAUGUCUGCGCUGCAGAAAGUUCGAGAAGACAAGCUGCUCACGUUCUUCUGGAGCAUGGAGUUUGAGAGCAUAAACUACUUCUUCGAGUACCUCAUGACGGUGUACUCGGGAAAGCCCACCCUCGCCGACCUCAUCAUCGUCCUGUGCGGCCUCCACCGCAUCCUUCCGCAGAUUGCGAGCUUGGAACCGGAUGAAGCCGUGCGGGAGGAGCUGGAAUCGCAGACUUUACUGUGUCGGACGAGUUUAGAAUGUGUGCUUUCGCGCCUCCCGUUUCACCUCCCGGUCACUUCUGACUACGCCCUCGCGCUAUAUAUGGCCUCCUCCUACUAUCUCUCCAGAUGCCGAGUCACCAGUGCGUGGCGCUGCAUCACCGCAGCAUCCGAGAUAUGCAUCACCCUCGGUUUCCACCGGCUGCUCAGCGGCCACGGCCAGGCAGCCGCCGCCACGCGGGGACAGCACGGCCGCAAGAUACGACUCUUCUGGUCCCUUUACAUCGUGGAAAGAACACUCACCCUCAAGCUCAACCGGCCCUCCAUGCUGUGUGACGUGAAGCUCUCCUUCUCGGAUGAGCAGAUGCAAGCCAUCUUUGGCGAUAUCAUCUACGGCAUCGUUCCCAAGUGGACCGAGUUUGCGUGUCUUCAGGGCCACGUGUACGACGAGAUCUACAGCCCCGCUGCGCUCGAAGAGAGUGAUGCUGAACGGUUUCUAGCGUACCAGCGAAAGGCCCUCGGUGAGACGACUUACGAACUCUUCAUAAACGCCGACCAGAUCUACUACUUUUCCAUCCUCACUUUAGUCUGCCGCGCCAUCCCCGUCGAGCCCGGAGCCAAGUCUGCAUUCUCCAACGAAUGCCUAGCGGCGGCCAAGGCCUGUCUCGAAGAGCACAAGAAGUGCGUAGCAAUGCUCAGAGCGGCCAAGGCCCCGAUCCUAGAAGUUUUUAUCCAAUGGUCCAUCAUGUCGUCCCCUUUUACACCUUUUAUCAUCAUGUUUUGCCACGCCAUAGAAACCGGCGACUCCCGCCACAUAGAACACCUCGCAUCCGUGAUUGAGACCCUACGGAUGCUUCCCACGGAUAUCCCCGAGGUCUUCCGCCGGCAGCUCCACGUCUUCACCCUCAUGUACGACGUGGCGAGCAAAUCUACGAUGCGGCCGGUGGCUCGGCCCUUGGGGAGAGCGGUGGGCCGUAUACCGGAUACGCCGUUCGAGAUGCUCCUUGCCGAGGCCGGGCUACCGACGGAGGGUGCGCCGAGCUGGGAGGGAGGCAGGGGUAACUCGCACGAGGAAUUCGUCGAUGGGGCUGGCGCGGGGGUACCUACAAAGGUCCAGGGCGGCGAGGGCCCCGAUUGGGAGAUGGAUAUGGGGAACGAGCUUGGAGACUGGUUCGAUCAGAACUGUCAGAUAUUCAAGAUGAUUGAGGAUGCUUUUAAGUCAAUGUUUCAUGGCCAAGGUAGAAAAUAG